AUGGAGGUACAGGUACUAAAACAGAAGACUCUUGAAAGAGUUGUAUCACAGAGAGCUCUGCAAAUGGGGAGUUCAUUUCCUUGUCAAAUUUGUGUGGUGGUUUUUCUCUCCGGGGUCUGCCUCACCUCUUUGUUUCUUGCUACUCUUACUUCAUUUGGUAGUUUAGAGUUUGGUGGGAUUUCAUUUUCUUCCAUUUCAAUGGGAACUCCACCUGUGAAUUCAAGUUCAGACAUGAUCAACUGCAAAUUUGAUUCACAUCGAAGUGAAAGAGAAGAUGAGGAUGAGAGAGUUUCGUUGUUGUAUUCAGCAUGGAGUGCUUUACUUACUGAUCCAGUAAUGGAAGAAAGAGAGUUUUUACAAAGAUUUGGAAUAGAAAGAUCCAGUGUGCCCAAUGCUCCUCAUUUUGAGGACUGCAAGUUGAGUGCUAGAGUAAAUACACGUCUUGAUACCCGUUCUAAGAACGGAAACUUCCCUCCAUGGACAAGCUGGAAGGGACGACUGGACAUGUAUGCAGCAUCGGAGGCCAAUGAACAAAUUCAACAAUUUAGGCAUCGUGACAUUUCGGAAGGUGUUUAUCCUCCUUGGAUUACAGGGUCAGACGAGGAUAAUUAUCCCCUUACCAGGAAAGUGCAACGGGAUUUAUGGGUUUAUCAGCAUCCAUCAAACUGCAGUGAUCCUGGUGUAAGAUUUCUGGUAGCAGACUGGGAAAGAUCAGCCGUCUAUGGAAUCGGGGCACAGAUUGCUGCAAUGGUUGGGCUUUUUGCUACAGCAAUCAAUGAAAAAAGGGUGCUUGUCACAAACUAUUAUAAUCGAGCGGAUCAUGAUGGUUGUAAAG